AUGGCCGGCCGGGGAUGCAGCUGUGGCCCCGGGCACCUGAACGAGGACAACGCGCGCUUCCUGCUGCUGGCGGUGCUCAUCGUGCUCUACCUCCUGGGCGGCGCCGCGGUCUUCUCGGCGCUGGAGCUGGCGCACGAGCGCCAGGCCAAGCAGCGCUGGGAGGAGCGCCUGGCCAACUUCAGCCGCGGCCACAACCUGAGCCGCGAAGAGUUGCGAGGCUUCCUCCGCCACUAUGAGGAAGCCACCAGGGCCGGGAUCCGGGUGGAUAAUGUCCGGCCGCGCUGGGACUUCACCGGCGCCUUCUACUUCGUGGGUACCGUCGUGUCCACCAUAGGGUUCGGGAUGACGACUCCAGCAACAGUAGGAGGGAAAAUCUUCCUGAUCUUUUAUGGUCUCAUUGGAUGCGCCAGCACCAUCCUGUUCUUCAACCUUUUCCUGGAGCGCCUAAUCACCGUCAUUGCCUACAUCAUGAGAUCCUGCCACCAGCGCCAGCUGCGGAGACGAGGGACCCUGCCCCAGGACAGCCUGAAGGCCCCAGGGAAGGGCGGGAUGGACAGCCUGGCUGGCUGGAAGCCCUCAGUGUACUACGUCAUGCUGAUCCUGUGUUCGGCCUCGGUGCUCAUCUCCUGCGGGGCAUCAGCCCUGUAUGCCCCCAUGGAAGGCUGGAGCUACUUCGACUCACUCUACUUCUGCUUUGUGGCUUUCAGCACCAUUGGCUUUGGGGACCUCGUCAGCAGCCAGAACGCCCAGUAUGACAGCCAAGGCCUCUACCGCUUUGCCAACUUCAUCUUCAUCCUCAUGGGCGUCUGCUGCAUCUACUCCUUGUUCAACGUCAUCUCCAUCCUGAUCAAACAGACUGUGAACUGGAUCCUGAGGAAAAUGGAUGGCGGGUGCUUCCAACAAUGCCCCAGAGGACUCUUGCGGUCCAGGCGGAAUGUGGUAAUGCCUGGUAAUGUCCGGAACAGGUGCAACAUCUCCAUAGAAACUGAUGGGGUGGCAGAGAGCGACACAGAUGGAAGGCGUCUCUCAGGGGAGAUGAUCUCCAUGAAGGAUUCCAACAAGGUCUCUCUAGCCAUCCUCCAGAAACAGCUGUCCGAGAUGGCCAAUGGCGGCCCCCACCAGCAGUCCCGGGAUGAUGAGUUCUCAGGGGGGGUGGGAGCCUUUGCAAUAAUGAACAACAGGUUGGCAGAGACGAGUGGGGACAGGUAG